AAUAAAAAAUAUUUUCAGUCGCCUAUUGUCAUACUCAGUUGAUAUAUACUCGUGUAUAUUCUCGCUGUACACUGUAUGUAAUACUGCGUUCGAAAUCGACGUCGAAAAUGGAGUUGAAUGUACUUGGAACCACGAUGUCGUUGACUUCGUUCCUAGUCCUGAUCACAAUCGUUGCCUUCAUUUUAUUCUUGCUCUACGACUACUGGGCACACACCUACUGGAAGCGUAGAGGAAUCCCAUACGAGCCACCUUCUCCCAUCAUGGCAAAUGCAAAAGUAUUUACUGACGGCGUUGUUCAGGCGUUCACAGACAUGGAGAAAAGGCAUGGACGAGUGUAUGGUUUAUUCUCUUUUCGCACCCCGGUCAUCGUCAUUGGAGAUCCUGAGAUGCUGCGAUUUAUCACUGUGAAGAACUUUAAUAACUUUCACAGUAGACCAGAAAUUCCACAAGCUAAUAACGAGGAUGUAAGUAGUAUGGUGUCCAUAUUGGAAGGCCAGAGAUGGAGGGACGUGAGGAACAUUCUGACACCAACAUUCAGCGCAGCUAAGAUGAAACAGAUGUCAAGUCUCAUAAACGCCAAUGCUGAUUUCUUGGUAAAACACAUCGGCAACCAACAGGAAGAAAAGGGAUGCAUCGAAUGUCAACAACUUUUUGGAUCUUUCGUCAUGGACACUGUUGGAAGCUGCGCAUUUGGUCUUGACAUCGACUCACAGUCAGACCCUGAUAACCCAUUUGUGAAACACGCGAAAAGAGCCUUCACAUUUGACUUCAAGAACCCACUCUUUAUUAUAGGAGGUCUUAUUCCUCCUCUGGGAAGACUGAUGGCCCGUUUCAGGAUCGCAACUUUGAUCCCUGUCGAUGUGCUCGACUUUUUCAAGGACAUUAACAAGAAGGUUGUCAGCAUUAGGAGACAGGCAACGUCUGAUGCAAAGUCUAAGAGGGUAGAUUUCCUGCAGCUGUUACUUGAUGCCCAGAAGGAAAACAAAGACGACAAAGCUAGCACCCUUGUAGAGGAAGACGAGGAUGACAUUCACGCUGAUUUAGAUAAGCAUCACGAUGUCCAGUAUCACACCAACAACAGUCUAGGCAAGAGGGCGCCACUCACUGAUCAGGAAGUGUUUGCACAGAUGCUAAUUUUCUUCACCGCUGGUGCCGAGACAACCACCACUCUCCUGGGGUACAUCUUCUACGCCUUGUCAACGAAUCCCGACAUCCAGGAGAAACUUAUCCGAGAGGUUGAUGAAGUGACGCCCUCACGCGACAGUGUCGGGUAUAAGUCAAUUGCAACCAUGCCUUACCUGGAUCAAGUAGUCUGUGAAACGCUCCGGCUUUUUCCACCCGCUGCUAUUUCGAACCGGAUGUGCCACGAGACAUUUGAGCAUAACGGUUUCAAGAUUGAGAAGGGUACCCAGGUCUUCAUACCAAUUUACAAUAUGCAUCGCGAUCCCGAGUACUGGCCAGAUCCAGAGAAGUUUGAUCCCGAAAGAUUCACCAAAGAGGCCCGAGCCAAGCAGCAUCCAUUCGCUUGGCAACCAUUCGGUGCUGGUCCUCGUAAUUGUAUCGGUAUGCGUUUUGCUCUCAUGGAAAGCAAGAUGGCGGUUGUGCGGGUGCUUCAGAACUUCCGGUUCGAGACCUGCGCACAGACGGAAAUUCCUCCGAAGUACGGCAUGUCUGGCUUCCUUACCCCACCAAACGGAGUCACUCUCAAAGCUGUACCCAGGGCAGACAAAACUGUCUAAACGAGAUUUCGAUCAACCUCUACAAUCUAAUUAUUCUACGAUGUUUCACAAAGAUUGUAAGUGUGACUUAAACUCGCAAAUAAAAGAGA